AUGAACUCCCUCUAUAAUCACGGUUUGAAGCAAACACAGACAAUCACCAAGGACCUUGCUCAGUUUGAAAAAAACUUGUCAACUUCGCCUUUAUCAUUACAAGGUGCAAUCACGACUUCAAUCACAGCAUUUAAAAAAACCAUCAAGGAAUACUCAGACUUGCUCGAGAAAAACCCAACUGACUCGUCAUAUGCGAAACAUGAAGGCAGGGUUAGCAAGUUCACCCAAGAGUUGGAAAGUUUCACCACCAAGUUUGACAAUUUGAAGAAACAACGAGAAAUUUCGGUGCAAGAAGCAGACAAACAAGAAUUGAUGGGAAGGAGACAUAUCAAUUCAGCUACAUCUCAACCCAGUGACAACCCGUACGAUCCAAACCAGCAGCAACAACAGCAACAGACGAUAUCGCAGCGGGAAGGUCUCUAUAAUGAAAACCAAGCUCUUGCGCGGGGCUCAGAGCAACUCGAUCGAAUAUUGGAAAUGGGGCAACAGGCUUUCGAGGAUAUUGUGGAACAAAAUGAAACAUUGAGAAAAGUACAAGCUAAAUUUGAGGAGGGGCUAAUCACUUUAGGAGUUAGUCGGGGUACGAUUAGAAGUGUGGAACGAAGGGCUAAGCAAGAUAAGUGGUUGUUUUGGUUUUGUGUAGUAAUGAUGCUAGUUAUCUUUUACUAUAUAAUAAAGUUUUUCAGAUGA